AUGACAACAAUUCAACCGAUCUUGGUAUUGCGACACGUUUACGAGCCCGCCGUGCAGCUGUGCAGAACGGACAACGUGGUCAGCGCGAUGGCCGACCCGACGCUGAGCCCGCCCCACCACCACCUCCUCCUGUGCAAGGGCGCGUGCGCCGGGCUCGAAUCGCGCUCAAACCCCUCAAGCCCCAUGUUUCGAUUCGCGACGACCUCGGCCCCCAGACGGCCGUGUGCACCCACUGCAAGGCUCGGCACUGGGAGUGCGAAAGGUCGAAGUCGACCGGACACUUCAGCACGUACUGCUCGCAGGGCAAGGUACUCCCCCUCCCCAGCCCAAUCUCGAGUAUCGGCAGCUUCUUGAAGGCUCGGAUAGCGGUCAGUUGCUCCGUCCAACAACAUUCGUCUGCAGUAGACCCACAUGCUGAACUGUGCGACAAUCUUCCCCCGACAAUCUUACCACGCACACAGAAGCUAAAGCGUUCCGCGAGAGCGCCCGGUCGUACAACAACGCGUUGUCGUUUACUUCGCUCGCUGCCCACUGGGACCAAACUCAAGUGGGCACGCUAGGACCCCCCGUGUUUCGCGUAUUUGGUCGUCUUUACCAUCGACUCGGCGCCCUGCUCCCUGCCGUGAAUCAACGCCCAGCCUUUGCUCAGACAUGGCUGAUCGACCCGGCCGAGGCCACCAACACACGACUUGGACCCGACAGCGCAGACAAUCGCGUACAAAGAUCUACAUUGACCAAGCUCGAGUCCAUGCUACAAACCGGCAAUCGCUUUGUGAGGGAGUUCGCAUCGGCCAAAGCUCGCGCAGGUUGGGAUACGGCCAAAGAGUGGAUCCUGCGCCUCUGCCUACCACCAGGCCGAGACUGACGCACCCACAACCUUCCUACGUCAAGCACGGAAAUGGCGAUGCUUAUCUGCGAUUCCGACACCAACACGGGAGAUCGUGGACCGCAAGACCUUAUUCUCCAGGUGCACGGCGAUCGAUGUCCCGACGGUCGGCCCAAGUACCAAAUCGUUAGCUCGCUCCAUCCGUCUGCGAUGCCUCUCCGGUACCCCCUACUCUUCCCCGCGGGGGAAGAUGGCUUCCACCCCAACAUUCCUCUUUGCGGGUUCCACCAAGCCGGGCCGCCAAUCGCCAGAAACCGAGAGCAGAUCGACAAUGCUGUCCAAUUGCGCGAGGUACUUGCCGGUCUCGGUCUGGAUGACGAAGACGAAGAGGAGGACGAAGACCGCGACGAUGAGGAUGAAGACGGCGAGGAAGGUGAACGUGAACGUAAGCGUCUUCGACUCUUUCUCACGUCUUCCAUUCUGUUGAGACGCAAGCACAGACUCACAUAGAAUGUUCGAACAUCUAGGACGAUCAACAAGGAAAAGGGGUCGAGGUGGAUCAACCCGAGUCUCGCGUUCUCAAUAUCUUGCAUACUACUUGCACGAACGCGGCGACUACUUCUCAAUCCCACAUGCCACCCAGCGUCUCUUCCUCGAGGUCGUAAUCGACGGAUACUCCCAAGUCGAGACCGAUCGACUUAACUAUAUCCGCUUUCAUCAAGAAAACCUGCGCCUCACCACGGCGCAGGGCAUCACCGACGCCGUUGCCAACGGUUUGACCCCGGAUCAGAUUGGACGUUCGGUGUUAUUGGGGUCGACGUUCAAGAAUAGCCCGCGGGAGGUCACGCAGCGUUACCAAGAUGCGAUGGUGUGUGUUGUCAAAUAUGGGGAGCCUUCGCUGUUCAUCACGGUGACGUGCAAUCCCGACUGGCCGGAAAUCAAGGCUGCACUCGGGCCAAACGACCAAGCAAGCAACCGUCCGGAUCUCAUCGCACGAGUGUUUGAAGCCAAGCUGAACCGACUCUGCGACAACGGUUUUGGCAACAAGCAACGUGCGGGCUGUUUCGGCGUCGUUCUAACGCAUACACACGUCAUCGAGUAUUAA